AUGCUAUCCUCAAAUUUGAGAGCUAUUGCUCGUCGGUACGUGCAUUCUACUCGAAUACUAUCCAACAGAGGACCAUUGUCAUUCGAAGGAUGGUAUCCAAGAGAUCACAAACCUGGGGCACUUCCUGUUAACGACGUCGAGCGCAAAGCUGCUGCUAUGAAAUACGGUUUACGUCCAGAGGAUUAUCAUCCAAUGGACAAGGAUGAUGUCAUCAGAUAUGCAGGAGACUAUCCUGAUCUUGGUAUUGUUACCUACGAUCAUAAGGAUCCUUAUGAGAACUGGACUGACUCACAGAAUAGAAGAAAUUGGGGAGAAAUGGUCGGAAUUGAUAUGAUGCGCUACAGAGGAGAUCGUUUAACAUUCACAGGAUUAGAAGCUGAAGAUUAUACCACAUGGGGCUCAAUUGUUUUGUGUCUUCGUGUAUUAGUUCCGAUGGCUCUCAUAGCUUGGUAUUUCUGUAAUGACCACCCCAACGCUCUCCGAUGGAGAAACCCUGCGAUGCCCAAACAAUAUCCAUUAGAUUUCUACAGGGCUUAUCCAUUUGACGACGCUCGUAAAUAUCCUGUCGUUAACUAUUCCUUUGAACUUGAAGAAUAG